AUGCAGAGGUUACUGGAGAUGCACUCGGAGAGGCUGGAGGACCGGGUGGAGGAGAGGGAGGAGCUGUGGAAGGCGAUCGAGGGGCUAAGGCUGGCCGAGCCCUCGGACAUCACCGGCUUCACCGAGAUCGACCGCGCGCACCUCACGUUCGGCUCCGGCAUGCCCCUGGUUUGCCACUUCUCCAUCAGUCGCGAUUGCGGCGGCGGCGGUUCACGGGCGUUGCCGACGGCGGCGGCGUCGGCGAUGCGGCGGCAGAUUAGGCUCCUGCAGGCGCUCCACUUCGAGUUCUUGGUCCCGAUUUACGGGGCUUGUACAGCGCCUCCCAACGGGGUGAGCCUGGUGAUGCCGCUGGCGCCGCUCGGCAGCCUUCACGCCUUCCUACACGAAGGCGCCGGAACCGUCGCCGCUGCCGCCGCCGCCGCUGAGUCGGCGAGGGGCCGGGGCUCGGGCGUCUUGCGGAGAGUUCUCUCCGGAACUGUGCCCCCCAGCGGCGGCUUCGUGGGCGGGGGCGCCGGGGGCACCGUGGGAGGGGCGAGGGCGGGCGGUGGGGAUAGCGGCAGGGGGAAAGAUGAGCGUCACCCCCGGUUGUCAGCGGGGUUGAAGGCGGCCAUGGCGUUCGACGUGGCGAGAGGCAUGCUCCACCUGCACGAGAACGGGUUCCUGCACGGCGCUCUCAAGCCCAAGAACGUUCUGGUGUUCGACAACCUCCGGCUGAUGGUGAGCGACUACGGUCUCUUGUCUGUCAAGGCUGAAAACAACAACAUCAACAGCAACAACGUCCGGGUGGGUGGCAAUGGGUCCAAGCAUCACCAGUUGCCGCCCGCGGGCUAUCCUUCCCCCGUGGCUGCAGCCGCUGCGGCGGCGGCGGCUGUGGUGGACGGGGUGGACGGGAGCGCCGGGCCGCCGCCCAUGGUGUCGUCCGGCGGCCCCGGAGAGGAGUGCUGGAUCGCGCCGGAGGUGUGCAUCGACGGCGAGGAGCACUCGUACGAGUCGGACGUGUUCAGCUACGGGGGCGUGCUCCGAGAAGCUCUCCUUCGGUUGUUGUCGGUGGUGAUGGUGGUGACGGCGAUGGUGGCGGCACAACCACGACAACCACAACAGUAUCAGUUCCUCAACCACAUGCGACCACACGACAGCAACAUCAACACCGCAAACCACGUACACCCACGCGACCGCACCCAACAACGAUCCCUCGUAUCCCCAACACCUUCCACCGCUUGUCAGCUCUUGGCCGAAGAGCUCCUCCAAGCGGCACCCGGCGGAAUCCUCCCCCCCGGCAUGUCAGCGAUGCAGCGGCAGCCAGCGGUCUCGAUGUCAGCGAACGGGGGUGCUAGCUCUCCCUCCUCUCGCCGGGAGCGCCGUCGGGGGGAGCAAGGAGGAGCGUCCACUGCUGCUGCCGCCGCCGCUGCGGGCUGGGUCCCCCGGGUCCCCGCCGGGGUGGAAGCGCACCCCGGGCAGGUUCAGCUCAUGCAGCGGUGUCUAAGGCACGAGCGGGAGCUACGCCCCGGAGGCUUCUACCCGAUCGUUCUCUUCCUCCACGACCUCGUCAAGAGCCUGGGGGGCGACGAGCGACGCAACAACGCCCUCUGGCUCGGACCUACGACGAGCUCGGAUAGGCCGCCGUCGUCCUCGUCGCUCGCGCCCCGGGAGGGAGGGGGAUUGGUCUCGGCGGCGGCGGCGGCUCCUGCUGCUGCUGCUGACCCGGAAGGUGUUGGUGGUGCUGGUGGUGUAGAGGCGGGGCGUCAGGAGAGGGACUGGUCGGCACAGGAGCGACAGGCGCGCCUCGAGAGGCAGCUAGCGGAAUCGCAGGCGAGGUGCGCCGAGCUGCAGGAAGCUGAGCGCAAGGCCUCCGCGGCCGCAGCCGCCGCCGCUGCCGCCAGACUCGAGGCGGCCGAGCACGUGGCAGCGGCGGCGGUGAUGGCCUUCGGCAACGACGACGGCAGCGGCCGCCCCAGGAGCGUGGAGCGGCUCCUGAAGGCGGCGGCGGCGGCGGCGGCGGUGACGGCGGAGGAACGGGUGGGCGAAGGCGCGAUGGCUGCCUCUGCUGCCACCGCCCCCGCCACCACCUCGGAAGAUGAAUCGGUUGCCGGCGACAGUCUCUCCUCCGGUGACGGCGGCGGAGUCAGCGACGGCGGCGGUAGCGCGAUCGACGGAGACUCGGAGAGAGGGGGGAGCGUAGAGGUUUUGGUCAAGACGCCUUCUCAAAGGAACGGCGGCGGCGGCGGCGCCGGGUUCGAGCUUCCCGAGAAGGUUGUUCGCGCCUUCGGCGACGGCGGCGGCGGCGGCGGUGGUGGCGGCGCAGGCCCCCACGGGGGCGACGGUCAAGAGGUGCUCAGCAGGAGGAGGAAGAGCCGGGAGAGGGCACGCGCGACGGGGAUGCUCGCGAAGGGCAACAACAGCAACAGCCGGAACCAGGGCGGCGGCGGCGGCGGCGGCGGCGGCAUCCAGCAGCGGGGGGAGAAUCCGAACGGCGACGGCAGAGGGGGAGACGUGGGCGCGGCGGCGGCGGUGGUGGAUGGGGGGGGGGGGAGGGGUUCCGCGGACUCGCAGAUGUUGCUUUCGACCCGCUUGCGGGAGGCCCGGGCAAAGGAGAAGGCCAUGCUGAGGGAGAUGGAGGAAAUGCGAGCGAGGGAGCAAACGAUGCGCGGGGAGCUGGUGAACGGCCUGGCCGGCGCCCGCAAGAUUUACGCCCAGCUCAAGGAAGGGAGGCAGCGGGAGCAGGAGCUUCGCGCGACAAACUCGAUCCUCCAAGCCAAGAUCGCCUCCUCCUCCUUCUCCUCGACCGGUGAAGGGGAGAGACAAGAGGGUGGGGCGGUCGUUCCCCGGACCCCCGAGAAAAUGCCGUCCUCGUCCAAGAACGGCGCGGCAGCGACGGCGGCAACCUCAGGAAGCGAUCGCCACCCCGGCGCAAGCAUGCCCCCUUCCCACUCCUCCGCCACUUCCGCCACCCCUUUCUCGGGCGCUGCUGGUACCGGUGCCGGUGCCGGCGGCGGUACCGGCGGCGGUACCGGCGGCGGCGGUACCGGCGGCGGCAUCGCCGUAUUGUCUUCCUCUCGCUCGACGUCUCCGCCCCCGGCCAUGACCACGCCGCGUGGUGCGGUACCGCUCAAGCCGUUCGCAACUAGACCCCCCACCGCAGCAACAGUUUCGACAGCCGCGGCGGCAGACAGGGGUGGUGAGCUGGAGGUCAACGGAGCAGACGACACCCAGAGGCAGCCGGCGGCGGCGGCAGCGGCGGCAGCGGCGGGGUUAGGCAGACAUGACGAUGGCGGCGGCGGCGACUUAAUGGCAUCGGCGACCCUCGUGAAGGACAAGGUGGGGACGGUUAGCGACAAACCGUCGUCUGAGGUGCCGUCGGCGGCGGCGGCGGCGAUGGCGGCGGCGGCGAUGGCGGCGAUGGCGGGCGCAAAGCCAGAGGGCGGCGGCGGCAGCGGGAGCGGCGGCAGUUCCGGCAGUCCUCCGCAGAGUCAAGAGUCGCGGCGGGAGAUCGUGGAGUGGGAGGUGCUGUCCUCUACGGGGGAUUCCUUGGCGUCUCCCGAAGACCCCGCCGCCGCCGCCGCCGCCGGUUCUCGCGCAGCGGCCGACGAGUUCGCGCAGCAACAAAAGAAGAAGAAGAGUCCGGGAGCUGCGGACAACAACGGAGCAGAAGAUGGAAGGGACGAGCGCUCUCGGGGCGGCGACCCCCCGGCAGCAGCGGCGGCGGCGGCGGCGGAAACCACCGCCGCAGCCGUUGCGCCGGCUGCUGGGGGCAACGAGAAGAGCAGCAGUAAGAACGAUGUGCCCCGGGGCUCCCCGCCGGAGGCGGGCGGGGGCCUGGGGGUAUCAGAAGGAGAGCGGGCGGCGGCGGCGAUCAAGAGGGAGAACAGCGGGAACGAGAGCAUUGGCUCCAAGAGCAGGAAGUCGAAGGGGCACAGGAGGAGAAGUGGCGAGGGCGGGGGCGGCAGGGACCGUGAUGGGAAGGAGAGGGUUAGUCUGGAGCUGAAGAAAGAGCGCCAACUUCGCAAGCAGUAUGAGGAAGAAAAAUCCACCGCGGAAGCCGAGAUCGCUCGCCUCAAAGCUGCGCUCGAUGCGGCCACCAAGACGACAACGGCCGUUGCGGCCACGUCAGCUGCGACGAGAGCGCUCCCCGCCGUCGACAAGAAGCCGGCGGCGGCCGGAGAAGCCGAGAACGCCGUCUCGAAUGUCUCGGGGGUGUCGACGGCGUCGAUGUCGACCAUGGGCUCGACGGGCGGUGCUAGUGCUGGCGCCGGCGUGGCCUCGAGGAGAAACAGCGGCCGCGACAAUGGGGUCAUCGGCAGCGGUGGCGGCGGCGGCGGGGUGGAAGAAGUGCUUUCGUGCACGGGUCCCGGAGGGGGAGGAGAUGCGUCGUCGUCGAAGAAGAGCAGCAGGAAGUCGACGCUGGUAGAGGCGGUAGGGUUCGCGGCGGCGGACGGGCAGCAGCAGCAGCAGCAGCGGCAGCGGCGGCCGAAGGGGAAGGGCGCGGAGGAGGAGCGGCCGGCUCUGCAGCGAGCGAUGCCCACGUCCUCCGCCGCGGCUAUUUUCGCAGCCUACCCGCUCCCCAUGGGCCUGGCGGCGGGGGUGCCCGGACACAACUCCACGGUGGCGAGGGAGGCCGCUUCCAUGGCCUCCAAAUUCGCGGCUGAGCCCGACGGCGGGGACCGUGCCGCCCUCGCCAUCCUGUUUCAGAGCUGCCAUGGUCUGCGUUGGCUGAGGCGGGCCGGGUGGGACGGGGACUCUGACCGGAGGCAUGGGGUGGCGUGGACGACGGAGAACGCGAGGGUGUUGAAGCUUGAGCUCGGGAAUAACCGGCUCGAGGGGUACAUUCCAAGGGAGUUGGGUGUGAUGUCACGACUGCUGUGCCUCCGGCUGGACCACAACCUGCUCAUGGGGCGCAUUCCGCCGGAGCUUGGACUCCUGGUCACCCUCCAGCAACUGGAGCUGCAGGGCAACGCGCUGACAGGGAUCAUACCGAGGGAGCUCGGCGGCUUGGUCAACCUGCAGUACCUCGGACUGCACGAUAACCAGCUCUUGGGGGAAAUCCCGGGAGAGCUUGGCCGGCUGUCCAGGCUCAAGCACCUUGCCUUGUGCAACAACCGACUGUCAGGGAACAUCCCACGGGAGCUGGGGGGGUUGCGCUUGCUGGAGCAGCUAUACCUCAACCACAACACGCUCUCGGGACCCAUCCCCGUCGACCUGUGCAGGUUGUCCAACCUCCACAAGCUCAGGCUGGAGAGCAACACCCUGCAAGGCUCGAUUCCGAUGGAGCUGGGUAUGCUGACGAAGUUGCAGUACAUCAACCUGGGCUACAACGGUGUGGGCAACGACCUCACAGGGGAAAUCCCCAUCAAGGCCUUCGCGAAAAUGCCGAACUUGGCAUGGCUCUCCAUAACCGACAACCCGCGGUUAACCGUGAAAAGAGGACGCUUCGUCACAACGACCCAGUCAGUGCUCAAGAAGGUCUUGCCCUCCAAGUGCGACGUCAUGCUCUGAUUGCAGUGAAAAAUGCACUUUUUGUGUGUUUGGGGGGGGAGGAGGGGCACAGCUCGUGGACGCCAGUGUUUGCGUCUGCCCUUGUCAGCGAGAUAUAGGCAGGCGCGGACACGCAGACGGGCGGGCGCGGUUGGCUUCCUGGAGACGCACGGUGCGAGACAUUGUUUUGUCCAACGGUCUCGGUCCGACGGUGCUGUGGCGCUUCUGUUGUUUUUGGCGGAGGUGGUGGUCCGCCGUCUGCAGCGAUCACACACAGAAAAAAAGGCUGGAUCUCUCUGGGGCAUCGGGGAAGAUGAUGCAGAGGAUAGUGAUGAUGAUGAUGGCCUCGACGAUGAGCCUGGAUCUCUCUGCGGCAUCGGUCAAGACGAUGCAGACGAUAGUGAUGGUGAUGGCCAUGAUGAUGAUGCGCCCAGAGAUGCGGCACGCCGCACGCGUGCGUGUACUCCACCUCGUUUUCACCCCGCCUCGGUCGAUUUCAGCUCGGCCACCCACCCACCCUUCCGGCGAUCUAUUCCUCGUCAGUCACAUGCCCUGACGAGGAGAGCAAGUAAUAAUCCACCUCCACCUCCACCACCAGCGGUGGGCUGAGUUGGUUGAGUUAGCCCACAUUGAUGAGGGACGGCACCUCAACUUGACGGUCGAUCGGACUCUCGCGGGUACCUGGCGCCGUUGUUUUUUUUUUUUGAAGGGGGGGUGGACAAACUUAAGUUUUGCUAUCGUGUGUUUGUUGGUAUUUAGUAUUUAACGUAAGGGUGGUUUUGGUUUUUGGCGAUGAGCCGAAGCGAAAACGUGUGUGUGUGUGGGGGGGGGGUCGUGUCGCUUGGUUGGUUUGGUUCAGACCACGGGCUUGGCUCUUUUUUUUUUUUUUCGCUGGGCCGAGGCUAUAGACAGGAAUUUGUUGUCGUUUUUUUAUUGCUUCGAUGUUCGUUGAGUAUUUUGCGCUUGGCGAUAUAUGGAGGAGGGGGAAGGGACACGGUCGGUGGCGCCACGAGUUGGUUGGGUGGGUGGUAGGCGACGACACACAAAUCGUGUACGUGUCAUGUGUAAAUGAGAGAGGACGUCUGGUUCAUCAUGGCGGCACACGUUUCAGCACAAAAGAAACCAGAGGACAUUUUCAAACACUUUCUUCUUUCUUUUUUUGCUAUUGAUCUCCAGGGGAAUGGGUUGUGCACCGUACGCGAGCUUCGAAGAGCCUGCGGCAGAGCAAAAGUAGACGGGAAAAGAGCGAAGAGAGCGCAGAAGAAGCGUUCUUUGCCUUUGAUUUACGCCCGGGGUAGGAGACCAACUGAGUGUAUGGAUGCGUAGACUAAGGUCAAGCCUUUUGUAUGUUUUCUUGGCGAAAAUAGUGGUAGCGGAAAAAUACGAUUUUCCAAUCAGGAGAGGUUCAUUGUUCGACGUGCAUAUAGAAAGAAAAUGUUUUCGUGUCUUGCUUUUUUCGACUUUGUGACCAUUAUUCAUCACAUUUCGAGGGGGAAAACACAAGUGAAUUGGCGAAAGAGUUUCGGGUUGUUGGGCCCAGGAAAUCUUUUUGUUCGACGAUAUCGUAAAAGUGCUUGGGCUGUUGGGCGUGCACGGUGGCACUUAGCGGCUUGAGUUGUGACUGCACACUUUUUUUUUUUUUUUUCGCAAAGCCAGGAAUUCUGGCUACAAUCUCGUUUCUCGUUUGUAUUUUUCCCCGUCGGGCGGGCAGCUCGAUUUUCUUCCCGCAAGUUUUGGGAACUUACAUGUGUGAGCUUUUCUUUCCGUCGGCGAAAGAGGGUAGUAGGCACGCCGCGAGGUUGGGACCGACCGUGUGUGAUGCCAAUAGCGAGCGAUGCUAUUGUUUCGGUCGAAGCGAUUGAAAGACAGGAGGCGAUACAGGAAAGAAAGGAGACCAAGAUAACUUGAUCAGUUGUUUUGAGAACUUGGUUCUCUACCUACCGUGGGAUGUUGGAUCCGCGGACGACGUGAAAAGAGAGUUUUUCGGGAAUGAUGCCCAACCAAGAGCGGGAGAUAGUUCUUUCGGAACUUUUUGAGAACUUUCCUGGGAGCCUUCCUUGUGUCCAUGGAGUCUCGUUUGUGACAGUUCAUGCGCGGAGGAGGGUGGUAACACUCACUCACCUGGCAGUAUCGGCGGAACAAACAGGAGGGGGGGGGGAAGCUCAAGCUUUGGACGGAAAGGGAGGAAGGGCGGGAAAAUACCAUCCGGAGGCCCCCCGCUAUAUGGCCUGGGACCACCUACUACGUUCAUAGUAGCAGUGGCGGUGAAGGCGAAGAUUUUUUUCUUCUCUUGUAUCUAUUUGCUUGUAACUUUAUUGUCUAGUAGUCUAGUCUUUUGUUUUAUCCCUGUUUAGUUUUUUCUUCGCAGUACAGCAGUAGUAGUAGUAUCUGCAAUGUUCGCGCUUGUUUUGUCCCCCGUGGUGAACACGGCCAUUUGGACUCACCAUCCUGGGGGCUUACUACCUUGUUUUUCGACCGGUCAUCCACCAUGCGGUGGGUGGGGCGGCAGGUAUUGCAAGAAGGGUCUCACAAUAACACUCUUCUUUCAGUAAAGGGAAAUCCAGAGGUUUUUUGCAUGACGACAAGGGAGCGAAAUUGAUCCAAGAUCGGGAGC